UCUCUUCUCAUGAGCUUUCAGAGCUUCGCUGAUCUGCAUCGACUGUAGUGUUAGGCUACUGUAGGCCUGAAUCCACUGGUCCUGCAGUGUAGGUUACUGAGGAUUGUGCAUUUAAGUGGUGCAAUGAAGUACAUCGUUGACCUUUUGAAAACGUUACCUCUUGCCUCAGGGUAAAUAUUAACAUGUUGUUGUCCACUGACCUCUGCCUGACAAGAUUAGAGUGGUCGUGGUUUGACAAUUUGCCCUGGCAGAACAAGGAAAGGUCGUAGAGGCUGUAAAAGUGGCCAUAGGCGCCGGUUACAGGCACAUCGACGCCGCCCUGGUGUACCAGAAUGAAGAAGAAGUCGGCGCUGGGAUCCGUGCAAUGAUUGAUCAAGGAGUGGUCAAGAGGGAAGACCUAUUCAUUGUCAGUAAGCUGUGGUGCACCUUCCACCUUCCAUCUCUUGUGAAGGGAGGGUGUGAGAAGACUCUCAGAGACCUUAAACUGGACUACGUGGACCUCUACCUCAUGCACUUCCCUAUGGGAACCAAGCCAGGUGAUGACAUUUUUCCUUUAGAUGAACACAACCAGGUCAUUUCUGAUGGUAGCAACUUCUUGGACACUUGGGAGGCUAUGGAAGAGCUGGUGGAUGCUGGGUUGGUCAAAGCAAUCGGCAUCUCCAACUUUAACAAAGACCAGAUUGAAGCCUUACUCAACAAACCAGGCCUCAAGUACAAGCCUGUCAACAACCAGAUUGAGUGUCACCCGUACCUGACCCAAGUGAAGUUGAUCAACUACUGCCACUCGAAGGGAAUCUCAGUGACGGCCUACAGCCCCCUGGGAUCCCCUGACAGACCCUGGGCUUCAUCUGACGAACCCUCUCUGCUGGAGGACCCGAAGAUCAAGGCCAUCGCUGACAAGUACAACAAGUCUCCAGCACAGGUGCUCAUGAGGUUCCACACCCAGAGAAAUGUGAUCGUUAUCGCAAAGUCAGUAACACCCCAUCGAGUCAAGGAAAAUUUCCAGUUGUUUGACUUUGAGUUGAGCGAAGAAGACAUGGAGACCAUGCUGAGCCUGAACAAGAAUUGGAGAGGAUUCCCGAUGCCAUGGGCCUCCAAACACAAAGACUUCCCCCUGAAUACAGAAUACUAACAUACAAUACAAUGGACUGCACUUUCUGCUGUGCAUCUAUUCUUAUAAUUCAGAUUUUACGUGUUGUGAUAUCAAACUAACGUGUUUAGAAAGACAGAGACUGAAGGACGUCAAUAUACUGAGCUAUGAUCUCCUCUCUUGUUAAAUGGUUGAAGGUUAUGUUUACAAGGGACAAAAGGGGAGUGGAAGUUGUCGCUGUAAAAUGUUACAACCGCAUCCAAACGGGCUACUAAAGUAAAACACAAUUUUAAUGACACUUUCACAACUGUUCCUUUUUUGUAAGUUUAAUUACAGAAUCACGAGCGGUGUUCACAUAUUCGGGAAUGUGGACCGUUUAUGUAAGCUGCAUCCUGAUGAUCAAAGCCUGACAGAUUGGGUUAAGAAGAAGAUAAGAUUAGUUUUUUUAGAACUCAAAUAACUUUGUUAUGAAAAAGCGAUCAGUGUUUGAAAUUAACGACAGGACAGCUGCGGUUAAUAAACAAAUACUGGUAUUCAACUGAAUUUUAGUCCAAAUUUACGCUUGUUUAUAGUUGCUCAUCCUUUGGGAUCACAAGUAUUCUGUCAGACUCCGGUACUUAUGCUGUAUUUAUUGAUCUUUUGAAGUUCCUGUGUAAAACAAUGACUUUCUGUAGGCAUUUUGCAGUAUAAUAAACUUGCCUGAAAUCUGAAUUGGACCAUACCACUACAGCAAUACACGUGAAAUAUUUGAGCCAAUAAAACAUUUUUGGGUUAAA